UGGUGGCCGAGGCCCAGGCGACGGCGGAGGCCCAGGAGGCGACGGACGGGGAACGGCGGGAGCAGGCCCGGCCCGGCCCUCAAGCGGCCGCCCGGCUGCAGCAUGCGCGUUCGCCGGGGACUGCUGCGGCUGCCGCGCCGCUCGCUGAUCGCCGCGCUCUUCUUCUUCUCGCUCUCGUCCUCGCUGCUCUACUUCGUCUAUGUAGCGCCCGGCAUAGUGAACACCUACCUCUUCAUGAUGCAAGCUCAAGGCAUUCUGAUCCGGGACAACAUGCGGACAAUAGGAGCUCAGGUUUACGAGCAGGUGGUUCGGAGCGCUUAUGCCAAGAGGAAUAGCAGCCUGAAUGACUCAGAUUAUCCUCUUGACUUGAACCACAGCGAAACCUUUCUACAAACCACAACUUUUCUUCCUGAAGACUUCACCUACUUCGCAAACCACACCUGUCCCGAAAGGCUCCCUUCCAUGAAGGGCCCAAUAGACAUAAACAUGAGUGAAAUCGGAAUGGAUGCCAUUCAUGAACUCUUCUCCAAAGACCCAACCAUCAAGCUCGGAGGUCACUGGACGCCUUCCGAUUGCGUGCCGCGGUGGAAGGUGGCGAUCCUGGUCCCCUUCCGGAACCGCCACGAGCACCUUCCAGUCCUGCUCAGACACCUGAUUCCCAUGCUUCAGCGCCAGCGCCUGCGGUUUGCGUUUUAUGUGGUCGAGCAAGUUGGCACCCAACCCUUUAAUCGAGCCAUGCUUUUCAAUGUGGGUUUUCAAGAAGCAAUGAAGGACUUGGACUGGGAUUGUCUUAUUUUUCAUGAUGUGGAUCAUAUACCAGAAAGCGAUCGUAACUAUUACGGAUGUGGACAGAUGCCAAGGCACUUUGCGACUAAAUUGGAUAAGUAUAUGUAUCUGCUUCCUUAUACCGAGUUCUUUGGCGGCGUGAGCGGCUUAACAGUGGAACAGUUUCGGAAAAUCAAUGGCUUUCCUAAUGCUUUCUGGGGUUGGGGCGGAGAAGAUGACGACCUGUGGAACAGAGUACAGAAUGCAGGCUAUUCUGUAAGCCGGCCGGAAGGUGACGCCGGGAAGUACAAAUCCAUUCCUCACCACCAUCGAGGAGAAGUCCAGUUUCUUGGAAGGUAUGCUCUGCUGAGGAAGUCCAAAGAACGGCAAGGGCUGGAUGGCCUCAACAACUUGAACUACUUUGCAAACAUCACAUACGACGCCUUGUAUAAAAACAUUACUGUCAACUUGACACCCGAGCUGGCUCAGGUGACCGAGUACUGAAAUGAGAGAAUAUAUGUUUGCUUUACCCACUUCCACCAAGAAAGCAGCCUGAUGAGAUGUCCUGGGGCUCCACACCGGAAGAGAAUUAGAAAUACAGUGUCUAAUGAAGGAUCACAGGGUUCAAGGGAAAAACUGUGAACAGAGUACACGCACAAAACACCUGUUGGACCCGCUGGGAUUGAGGGAGUAAGCUCGGGAACUUCUCUGAUCAGGACUGGCUUUCUCUUCUCACAAGACAGACGUCUGUCCUGCUGCUCUCCUCCCCAUCUACCCCGACGUCCCAUCUUAGCCACAAUCUCCACAACGAGAACUGUGAUCCGCCCUGGUCCCGCCCCAUAGUCUGUUUCUAUGAAUGGCCUUUGGAGCUUCUUGGCCUUCGGAGCAAAGAGGCAAACCCACCACAGGGCAGCUGAGUUGUAGGAAGAGCAAAUGAAAGGCCACACACCAUUCUUCAUCUCUGGUGUUCUUCGCUUUCUUUUCUUUUUUUUUUUUUUUUUAAUUACCUGCUUUGGGUGGGGAUUGAGGGUGGAGGGGAGGGAUUGGGGAAGAAAAAUAGACAUGUAACAAUCACUUCUUGAAGAAGUAUAAUUGUAAAUAAGCCAUGUAAAAUGCCUUUUUAAAAAUUUAAUUUUAUAGCUGGCUUCAAUUCAAACUGAGGAUUUAUAUAUUAGGUCACUUAUUUGGUUGGCAAAUGUAGGAACUCUGUUAAAAUGCAGUGGAAGAAUAUAUCUCCCAAAUUGCUGUCACUUUGGAAGGGAAUGGAUUUAGGGCAUGUCACAAAAGAACAAGAGUCCAGCGGUGGUCACUGGUAGCUUAUGUCUUCUGCCCCCCACCCACCGCCGUCUUCCUAACUCCUGUUCUUGACUUUUGCUCAGAAUUUUCUAUCCCCUGUUGGGAGGACGAGCUCUUCCCAAUCUUUUGCUGAACGAGGGCUGUUGUUUUACAGCAGGCUGCUCUUCCUGCUGAAAGCAAACCCUUCAGGGGAGGGCUCCCCGGGUCAUGUCCCUGGGUCUCUGGACUUUUUGUCCUUUCAUCAUCAUAAGGAGAGAGGAUGGGUGGUGUCUUCUCUCCUUCUGUUUUCUCUCUCUCUCUCUCUCUCUCUCUCUCUGUCCCUCUCUCCCUCCCUCUCUCCCUCCCUCCUUCCCUCAUUUAAAAAAAAUUUUUUUUUUUUUGCUCUUGUGGAACGUGGUCACAAUUUCUGAAAUCUGUGCCUAAAUUACCAACUCGCUUCAGUGAUGCCUCUGAAUAUUUUUCCCCAUUUGGUUUCUGGACAGGUUCUUUGUAAACAUUAUUACCUAGCACAUAGAAGUAAUGGGCAAGUGGAGGCUGAAGUCCUCAGCCAGGAAGCGGGACACUUGUGUGCAAUGGGUCGUUGUGAUCCAGGUUAGAUUAAAUCAGAGCUUUGAAAUUAGACUAACAGAGCUCCAAGAUGCAAGAGCCCAAGUGUUCUCUUCACACCCCAUGUGCUUUUUGAAGUCAGAUUCCAAAUUGCACUUGAAUUUGUGCCUCUGUUUUUCCCUGAGCCAAAUCCCUCAAUUCAUAUUCCCUGUUGGCUUCCGCAGGAUUCUGAAAAAUGCCAGUUUUCUUCCUUCCUUUUCCAUAAAACAUAUUUAUAUAUCGUGAUUGGGAGUACUUUCCGAAAAGUACUUCAUAUUUUUUUUAAUUGCCUUGUUUGCCUUCAAGUUCCUUAAUUUUCAUGGUUUACAUGGAUGUGUGUAUACAUGUGUGGGUUGAGGUUUUUUUCCGUUGCAUGUGUUGGUUCCAUGGACAUAUGAUCCCCACAGACUGUGGGAGUGAUUGGCCAGGCCUUGUUUUUUUGUUCAUGUUUUUGUUCUUUUGAAGACUAGAGUGGUAUUUAGAAAAUAAAUUGUAUUGCAGAGUUCUUAUCGGCUCAUAUGAAAGAGCAGGCUUCUGCCCUUGAAAAUGCUGGUAAGUUGUAUCAUAUGUUUUAAAGGAAUUUGAGAAUUUCACGCUUUAAAAGACCUUCACGAGGGAACAUUACAUACAGACAGACCUUCAUUUGGUUUUCCUUUGAUGUAUGGUACAUAUAGCAAUAAAGAUUUCUUUCUCCCUUUCUCCCCCUGCACCCCUAGAUCUCUGUGCUGACCUUGGCACAUCUCACCCUUCUCAUUCUCCUCCCCUCUUUCGUCACUGAAAGCUGUGCGCUGCUUUCAGUGUGACAGAACUAUGAUGUCAUUUGGAAGAAUUUGCCAGGACAGACUGACUGAUACUUGGCAGUGUUGCAAAAUGACUUUGUCUGAAGCUGUUUUAUUAACAUAUUCACCACGAAGAACCAAAUGUUGGCAAAAGGCUAAUACCCGAUAUAAAAAAGAAAAUGCUGAUCUGAGGAGAGAGAGAGGUCUCUCUUCACUGAUCGUAGUAGGGUCACUUAAAUUAUCUUGCAAUCAUGUGUGAGUUCGUUUUAUUAGUGUGAAAUCUCUUACUGUGCACUGUUAGUCAUUUAUACAAGUUGACAAUUGUGUGGGGAACUAAAAUGUUAAAAACAUACAGCCAGGCCCUGUGCUGUUAAUGGUGUGACAUUCUCAUGCUAAAAAAAAAAAAAAAAAAAAAAAAAAAAAAA